AUGCCACCAUUUAAAGCUGGAUUGUUAAAAAGAAAACUUGACUCUGGAAAAGAAAAAGACAAUGUACCCAAAGAGGAUUCAAAUGAUUCUGAUAAUGUAGAAGAUUUAAUGAAAGGAGAUAUUGACAAUGGAAGUGAUGCUACAGACUCGGAACACGAAGGAGACAAUGCAUCAGAUGGCGAAAGAGAUGUGAGUAGUGUU